AGUCGGUGUAAAGCUGCAACGUGUGGUGUUUUAUUUAGUGUCAGGAAGUGUUAUAAAAAUUUGUUGAAUGCUUUGAACUUGGGAUAAAAUUUAACAAUAUUAAAUAGAUUUGGGAUUAGUAAGAAUGUUAAUGGGGAAAUAAAGAACGUCCUCCGUGUACGGUACUGGUUGUCGAAGUGACCGGAAACCGGGAUUCUGGUGCCACGGCAAGGAACUAGCAAGAGGUACAAGGCGCUCGAAUAAAUAAGCGGCGAUAUCAGCAAGGCAACCAGGAAAAGGAAUCGGUCAUUGCGAGUUAGUUGCAUCCUCGGUUGUAAUAGGAAGGAUAACUCGUCCCCUUGCCGGGAAUUAGCAAAGUGUGAAUCUACUGAUAAAUUUUUGGAGGAAACGGCCGCAAAGCGAGCUGAAAGAAAAGUCGGCCAUACUCAAACAACCGCCGAGCGAGGGUGCGCGACACGGAGAUGAGACAACGAUAAAACACGAGAGGAAAAGGGCCGAGCCGUGUGUAACCAGGAGUCCAGACGGAGAGCUACCCGGGACGAAGAACCACCGGGAAGACCCGAACGAGUCGGCCAUGAGUACGAAGACCGAUGUGAAUAGGCGAGUCCUCGCGAUUCAGGCCAAGAAGAAACGCCACAAGCCCGGCAAACGUAAGGGUAAAGGCGGCUCUCAGCCAGAUCCCGAAAAUCCUGGGCCACAGUGCUCUAAAUCCAGUGCUCCUACCACUCGUCAAUCCAGUGGAUUUUAUCAGGAUGCAGCUGUACAGAGACCCUUCUCCAGUGGCAAUGGUAACAGAUUGGAGCCAUGCCACAGCUCAAGCAAUGAGACCAUUGAAGACGAUGACGAGGUUUACAGUAGUGAUGAUGAAGAACAGGAAGAUAGCAGUGAUUAUGUCAAGGGUGGUUAUCAUCCUGUUAAAAUUGGAGAUCUUUUUCUUAGCAGGUAUCAUGUAACACGUAAACUUGGCUGGGGACAUUUUUCAACAGUUUGGCUCUGCUGGGACUUACAGGAUAAGCGUUUUGUUGCCCUGAAAGUGGUGAAAUCUGCAUCCCAUUUCACAGAGACUGCAUUGGAUGAAAUUAAACUUCUAAAGGAUGUACGGGAUACAGACCCCAGUGAUCCUAAGCGUAAUAAAACGGUCCAGUUAUUAAACGAUUUUAAAAUCAGUGGUAUAAAUGGUCUUCAUGUUUGCAUGGUUUUUGAGGUCCUAGGGCACAACCUUCUUAAGCUCAUUAUUAAGUCGAACUACCGUGGCAUCCCCAGGAAUAAUGUGAAGCGCAUAAUCAGACAAGUACUCGAAGGCCUGGACUAUCUUCAUAAUAAGUGUAAGAUAAUUCAUACAGAUAUCAAGCCGGAGAACGUUUUGAUAUGCGUCGAUGAGACAUACAUAAGAAAAUUGGCAUCCGAGGCGACAGAGCUACAUUCUCUCGGUUUGAAACUUCCUGUGUCCCUAAUUUCGACCGCACCUAAGGAAUUUCAGGAACCCACGGCGAACGCGAAGAUGUCGAAGAAUAAAAAGAAGAAACUGAAGAAGAAAGCCAAAAGGCAAAACGAGCUGCUUAAGAAGCAAAUGGAGCAGAUUGAGGAGAUUGAAGAGCAGAGUAAACUGGCAAAUAACAGUCGAGAAAAUGGGGAACCCGAAACGAACAGUCCUGAUCAGGAGGUUAACACUGAGAGUAUCGAGGACAAUACUGAGAGUAAGGGCUCACCCGAUAUUUCGGAGCCUUCAGUCCCGGCACUCCACGUUAAUGGAGUCGAUGGUCUAGCAGGCGGUGAGAAAGUUGAAAAUCAAUCUAUGGAAGAGUUCCAGAAAUUAGAACACGUCACUCUCUGCGACGUAGAGAAGAGUUGUGGCGAGGGUAUUUUACCUCCAGAUCCCGAAGACACUGACGAGUGUAGUGAAGGUCGAAAUGCUAAUCCUCCAGAGACAAAGCAACAGAAACGAGCUUCAGUGGCUCCGCUAGAUCCAGCCAUCGUAGACUGCGAUGUAGAAGUGAAGAUAGCGGAUCUAGGAAAUGCGUGCUGGGUGCAUAAGAAAUUUACAGAGGAUAUUCAAACGCGGCAAUAUAGGUCAUUGGAGGUCCUCUUAGGUGCAGGAUACAGCACUUCCGCAGAUAUUUGGUCAACAGCAUGUAUGGCCUUCGAAUUGGCGACCGGAGAUUAUCUCUUCGAGCCUCAUAGUGGUGAAGACUAUUGCAGAGAUGAAGAUCACUUGGCUCACAUCAUAGAACUCCUUGGGGAAAUUCCACGGCGUAUAGCCCUAUCAGGGCAACACUCUAAAAUAUUCUUCACCAAAAAAGGAGAGCUUAGGCACAUCACGGGUUUGAAACCCUGGGGGUUGUACGACGUGCUCACGGAGAAGUAUGACUGGUCGCCGAGCGAAGCGCGCGAGUUCGCCGAGUUCCUAACGCCGAUGCUAGAGUUCGACCCGAGUACACGUGCAACGGCAGCCCAGUGCCUCAAGCAUCCAUGGCUGCAAAUCAAUGUCAACAACGUUCGAGUGCCGAUAAACGAUCAUUCCUAGCUCUGCGCCCAACAAGGAUACUUGAAUGGAUUAUCUAAAAAGAAAAAAAAGAGUGAAAAUAAUAUAAACGACGAUAAGAGGGAAAUAAAGCGCGACUGGAUUCCAGUGAUCAGUUUCUCUCGUAUAGUUCGCACAUUACGAUAAACACACUAAUUAAUAAUAAUAAAUUAUAUAGUUAUUAACUAGUAGGUCUGAUCGCUGCUUUAGAUCUGGACCUGUAUUCAAAUUUAUCCGUUGUCCUUACCCGCACGUCAAAAUUAGCUUAGAUGAACAUUUAGUGCAUAUAUAUAUAUAUAUCUUUAUUAUAAUGCUUUACAUCUAGUUUUACGGUUUAAGUUCAAGCAAAUGUUUAGUCAAAGGCAACGAAUGAACGAUUACGAUUGGUCACCUCGAACGGCAUAAGCCAAUCGAGAAUGAGCUUUGCCAAGUUCAGGCUUAAACUUAAACGGUAAAAAUGGAGCCUUAGAGGUACCUGGGAAGGUUAGUGAUAAAUUUGAAUACAGGACCUAGGAUAGCUAGGAGGAAAAUAAUAACGGUAAUGUGUAUAGUUCUAUGUCCUGAUAAGAGAGAAAAGGAAGCGAGGAGAAAAAGGAAACAGAUCCGAACAAAAAAAUACGAGAUGGAUAGGAGUGCACGAAAAACGAAGGAAGAUAAAGAAGAAUUUCCGUUAAGCACUAUUCGUUCGUGGGCAGGCACUCGAUACGACAUAGAAAAUACGAAAUGAUUAUUUAAUCACUGGGAACGUUAUCUCGAGUCAUGGAGAUUGGAUAUGUCUGUUGAAUUUAGGGUACUGAAAUUCAAUGAAAAUAUUCAGUGAUAUGAUUACACGUGUGAGUAUAAGUGAUAUGUACCGGAUAUGCGGUCUUUCUCGGAGAAAGAUCUUUAGUCACAAAAGGGGCAGGUGUUGAUAAAAUGAUAAUAUGAUAAUGGGGAAGGAAACUCGACCAAGGUCAUUCAGACACGACCCUAGGGGUCGUAGAAUAUAGACACAUAUAAUCUGCAUGCUUAGCUGAUUCGAAGGAAGUGCGAAUAAUCGAAUACUAAAAAAGAGUCCUUGUAGCCUCUCACUUUCUUUCUCUCUCUCUCUCUCUCUCUCUCGCUCUCUUGUCUGAAUUUCUCUCUCUCUCUAUUUUCUUCGCAAUAAGCGACUCCAAGAGAAAGACUGGUCGUCGGUUCAAUCGUUAUCUCUGGACCAUUGUGAGAUACAGAUGAUAAUUGAAUUUUCAAUUGGAAUUGGUCAGGAUGGCGAUACUUGUUCCGUGGAGCUUUUAGACAUUAUUUUACUUAUCAAAUAAUUCUCUCACGAGUGACAGAAAUUAUAUCGUUAUUACACAGUACUCAGGCAUUAAAGACUAAAAACUCGUUCGAGAUAUCGAUUAAUCUCUGAUGUGUCUAUUCUUUCAUAAUGAGUGAUAAGUUAUCGAUUACUAUCGACUGCGCAGUCUCAUAUGAUCUCUCUCUCUCUCUCUCUCUCUCUCUCUCUCUCUCUCUUUCUCUCUCUCUCUCUCUCCCUCUCUAUCUCUUUUUCUUUCCCUUUCUGUAGACUUCCAAACAUUAACAAAUGCAUCUCGUUCAGCACCAAGAACUAUCGCCAGUACUAUACAAAACAGCAUCGUCAUUGUCAUCAUUAUCAUCAUCAACUAAGCAUCGUUGUGGAUUGUAUUUUUUACCUACCAUUGCCCGUGUCCCAUUUAAUAUCUAGACGCGUUUGCCGUUUGCCAGGAUGCCGGAAAGUGUUCAUACGCGCUUGGGACGACCUGUAUCUAAACAGCAGACACGAUCGACUUGCGAGGCAAACGUUAGAGAUUCGUAGAUGAUUAUUCAUAGAUAACGAUAAUAACAGAAAACAAUGGAAGUCGGACGAAUAAAUGGAUUUGAUGUUUAGAUGCUGCCUCCGUAUGUGCCCUGCCGUCAUAAUGAAAAUACGUACAUCCAGACCAGAAUGAAAUUCGUAGAAAAAUACGUUUAACGCGAGAAAUCCAUGUAGUCCCAUCCUGGAGGACGUAAGAUCAAAUAAAUUCGCAAUAAAACAAA